AUGGCGCGCAGAGCGGCCAUCCGAAAAGUCAUGAUGCCCACAACGAGCCAAACCCCAGACGCAAGCUGCAUGGAGGUGUGGACGUGGUUGCCACGCUUGCUGUGUUGGCCAGCAGGCACACCCAAUGCAGCCGUUUUGGGUGAAGUCGGUUGGGACCCAUUCGCGGUGCAAGUCCUGCGUGGGCAAGCCAGUUUGCUUGGUCGCCUUUCUUCGGCCACCCCUGGUGGCAUGCACCGUGGUCUUGCUGCUCGGGUCUUUCGCUACGCUGUUGGCGUGCCAAGUUCUUGGGCAGCUGGAGCUUCUCGAGCCUUGAAUUCGGCAGGCGUGACGUUGCCUCAUGAAUUUGGCUUGGGUCCCGGCAGCAACCUCCGCGUUUUGCAGCGUUGGAGGCAUCGUUGUGUGCGCCCAGUCCUCGACCGCGUCGGUUGGCGUGUGCGCCAGGUUGAGGCAUCUGAACUUGCAUCGCUGGCCACUUGUAUAUACGUUUUCUUCUUGCUGCUCUCAGCAGCUCGUGCUCCGCCGCCGCCUGCGCAUGCCACUCCCCUUCUGCCACGGCAGAUGCGGCCCGGCACCCGGCUGUGGGGCGCAAGUAGACCGCCUCGGCGACCACCCGCUCGCGUGCCCGCGAACCGGCCUGCUCGCCCGACGCGCCAGGUCGUCGAGCGCGCAUGGGUCCGCGUCGCGCGCGAAGCCGUCGGUGCCGAAGGGCAGGUGGUGGCACAACAAUGGCUUGUGCACACCACGGCGCCCGGAGUGCGCACGGAGGACAGACACCGCCUAGACGUGGUCAUUUACAAGGCGACGCCUAACGGAUCCGCGCUAUGCUGCGAUGCGACGCUGGUAUCACCACUUACAUCCACUAUCAUCCACUUACACGCACGGGGCAACCACAGCCAUGCACGGCCGACGUCGACGGCGCUCCGCCCCGCAGAGCGACGCAAGGCGGCCACCUACCCGGAGCUCCGGCGCCAAGGGCCGCAGAAGCUCCUGGUGCUUGGCAACGAGGUCGGAGGGCAGCAUCAUACUGUCGCGGAAAUGUUGGUUGCGAGUGCGCGACGCAUGACUCGGACCUCAAACAACCGCGUUCGGUCAGUAGUGAAAAGCAACGAACAGACGUAUCGCACUUAUGGCGGCAUGAAACUGCCAGCCAUGUGGCCAGUCAUCCGGGCCGGUGUGUUCCGGCUCCUUGGAGGAUCUCUCUCGCCAGCUUGGGCAGGCUUCCCAGCCUUCGGCUCGUAG